AUGUACGGGACCAGGUCAGCCGGCGGCCGUCGUUACGCGAGCUACGGAUCGGGGCAAGCCUCGUAUGGUGCUUCUGGCACCGCAUACACUCCGCAAGCUAAGUCUAGUAGAGGCACGCAGUAUGGCCAAAGUAGCGAGUACAGCGGAUACUACCAACAGGCGGAGAGAGGUCAAAAGUCAGGUUACAAAGGCGCAUCAGGUGGGUCAGGCGCAAAGCAGCCCGCUGAAGCGCAAUACCAGGGCAGAGGAAGUGAAUAUUAUCGACGGAAGACGCAAGGUGAUCCGAAUUAUAAGCUGGGUAAAGAUGGUGUUCAAGCUGAUGGCAACAAGCACGACCAAGCCAAAAGGCCAAUUGCCGGUUAUGGAACGAAAAACCAAGGUCAAAAUCAGGCCACGUCGAACAAAACCGUCAACAAGAAUGUAUCCAUCAAGAAGCAGCAGCAGCAGCAGCAGCAGCGUCGCCAAGGCGGGUGGGGUAGGAUGACCCACAUGAUGAAGUGGCCCAUGAUGUUUAUGUUUUGGAGAGGUUUAGGAAGAAGAAGCCACGACGUUGCACCCGUUGCACGUGACGUGCCCACCAUUACUCGACAGUCACCACCAUCGUCGGAGCCCCGCGGCAAGCAGCAGCACGCAGUGAACUUCAGCGACCAAGCUCCCCAAGCAAGUGAAUAUGUGACUCCGUCGUCGGAUUUAAAGGGCGAAGCACGGAGCGAGGCUGAAGACGUUGCUCCGUGCCCAGGGGGUAACGUGAAGGAAAAAGCAACCACCCCCGCCACCACCAACAUUGUUGCACCACAAGCCGCGAGCAGCAGCUUCCCUGAACUCACGCGAAGCCCGAAGAUACACGAGUCGCCCGUUUUGGAACCUGCUGAUAAAAUACAUACUCUCAGCGAAAUGGUGGAACCGGUGGAAACGGGCGAAAAGGCAAAGGCAUUGCGCGAUGCUGAUUUAAAAGACGAGACUCUGAAGAAAGCUAAGAGAAUGAGAAUUGUUUCAGCGGAUGGUGUUCGGGACACUACAAAGAGUCUACUGGUGCAACCGUCGGAGGGCUCCGCCGACAAAGUAAGAAGUAAGCAGCUGACCCCGCUCAGCGACAUACACGCACCCAUGCUGUCGCCACAUAAUGCUCCGGCGUAA